CUGGAUUAAUGGUCGCUAUCUGGGGCACGGGGCCAACACGUCUAGCCAGCUCGAAGUGCCACGACUUCACAGUGGACCACGGAUCCUCCAGCGGAGUGCAGGGGAGCUCUGAAAAAGGCAACUUAGCCAGAUAUCCGGGCAGAUCGGUGGCUUGCAAAGGGAGACGUUGCAUCUCCUUCUUAUUUGAGAAGAAGCCGACUUAGCCACGUCUACGAGGACAACUAUGGAUAUCUACGACCCCCAGACCCUCGGCAUCAUGGUGUUUGGUGGAUUCAUGGUGAUCUCCGCUGUGGGGAUCGCACUUGUCUCCACUUUUUCAAUGAAGGAGACCUCUUAUGAAGAAGCUCUGGCCAAACAACGCAGAGAGCUGGGCAAAAUCCAGUCCACUCGCGCAGAGAAAAAAAAAAAGGACAAAACCUCUGAGAAGAAGAGCCGCGGGAAAAAGAAGGAAGAGAAGCCCAAUGGAAAAAUCCCUGAACCGGAAAAAAGUCAGGAGGAGUCUGAGGCAGAUUCUGAGUCUGCGUCUGCUGCUGCUCCAGAGCCAGAGCCCGCAGUUGUUCCCAAAGCAGCCGAGCAGCCCCAACCCGCACCUGUCGAAGUGGCACCUGCUGCACCUGCCCUGGAUGAACCAUCACCUGCCCCCUCUCCCAAAGACAAGAAGAAGAAGAAGGUGGCUAAAGUUGAGCCGGCAUCUCAACCCACUGCUCCCAUCAAACCCACCUCCACCCCUGCGCCAGUUUCUGCCCCCGCCCCAUCCAAAUCUGCCCCCACCAAGGCCACACCUGCACCUGAGGUAGUUAAACCUACCCAGGCUACUGUCAUCAAGUCUUCUGCUCCCGCCCCUGUUAAAGCUACACCACCCCAGUCCGCCAAAUCUGCCCCUACAACCACCAAAUCUACCCCCGCUCAGGCUAAAACUGCCACAGCCCCUGCUAAGACUGCCCCAGCCCAGAGCAAACCUGCACCAGUUCUGGAGGCAGUGACUAAAGAUGUUCCCGUCAUGGCUGUACCUCCAGUGGGGUCACAGCAAGCUCCAGCUCCUAAUGCCAAACAACAGGAACCAAAGAAGAAGGCCUCCAAGAAGAAGUCUGAGCCUGCAGCGACUGUGGAUUCAACUGAUGCUCCACUGUACCUGCCCUACAAGAGUCUAGUGUCCACCAUCAGCAGCAUGGAUUUCAGUGAGGGAGAGGCUCAUAGGCUCAUCGAGAUUCUGUCUGAGAAGGCAGGCAUCAUCCAGGAUACAUGGCACACGGCCACUCAAAAAGGAGAUCCAGUGGCAAUGCUGAAAAAGCAGUUGGAGGAGAGGGAGAAACAGCUGGCUACUGAACAAGAAGAUUCCUCUGCAGCAAAGAACCGACUUCGGGAGCUCACCAAGGAACUGUCAUCGGAGAAGUCUAAAGUAGCUGCUGUGGAGACACGACUGAGCAGCCAACUCAGUAAACGGGAACAAGAGAUGAUCGCUCUGCAGGCUCGUAUGCAGGCCAGCUACCAGGACCACCUCGCCCAAACCCAGAGGCUCAAUGCCAAAAUUCUGAGUUUGCAGGAUCAACUCGAAAAGGGUCCCAACGCCCAGCUGGCCCGACUACAGCAAGAAAACACUAUUCUCCGUGAUGCCCUUAAUCAGGCCACAAGUCAAGCUGAGAGCAAACAAAAUGCGGAGCUGGCCAAACUGCGCCAGGAAUGUGCCAAACUCACCAAAGAGCUGGGAGAGAAGGCUGAGAGUCUGCAGGCCGAUGAACAGGUCAAGAAGAGCCUUGAAGCCAAGGUCUCUGCAGCUGAGAAGCAACUGUCAGUGAUGCAGGAAAAUCAUGCAGAGAGUGAGCAGGCCUUACAGAAGAAGCUGGAGGAGGUGUCUGAGGAGCUGAGGACCACACAGAGUAAAAACAGCAGUCUGCAGACUACACUGGAGCAGGCUCAGCAGGACAACGGUGCAGUCUCAGAAUUACAAGCCCGUAUUGGUGAGUUGGAGGCCGAUAACAGGGAUCGCUCUGGCCAGGUGGAGGCUCUCAAUGCUCAGCUCAAAGAAGCACAGUCUGAGAAGGAGAAGCUCGAGCAGCAGGUGUCCACCAUCACCACACUGCUGGAAGCUGCUCAGAACAAGGGGGAGGAGCAGAGCAGUCAGGUCAGUUCUGAAGAUCUGGAACAGUUGAAGCAAAGUCUUCAAGAAAAAGACACUGAGUUGAAUGGGCUUCAAGAAGAGCUACAGAACUUAAAAUCAAAGCAGGAAACAGCUGAGAACACUAUUGCUGAACUACAGAAAACUAAAAAUGAGGAUACCACAUUGGUUGCAUCUUUACAGGAUGAAGUUGCAAAACUAACAGAACAACUACAGAAUACUCAACAACCAGAUACCUCCACUGAGCUGGAAACACUACAGAGCAGUUUGGCUGAGAAAGAAUCCAUCAUUACAACACUAGAAGAGAAGCUCAAAGAAGUUGAAGAGAAGACCUCAUCUGAUGAAAGCACAACAUCUCAGCUAAAAGAAUUUCAAACUGAAACCAAAGAAACACUACAGAUGCUCUUCCCACAAAUACCUCUAGAGGCAGAGCAGGACAACUGGCUUCAGGUCUUCACACAAAAAGCCCAGGAAGUCCUCAGCCAGCCGAGCCAAGAUUCACAGUCAAAUACAGAAGUGCCAGAGCUAUUGGAAAAACUGAAGGAGGCAGAGGAGAGCCACACUUCACUACAAACUGAAUGUGAACAGUAUAGAACAGUCUUGGCUGAAACAGAAGGAAUGCUGAAACAUCUACAGAAAAGUGUAGAGGAGGAAGAGACUGUGUGGAAAUCCAAAAUGGCAGCCUCAGAGGAACAGCUGAAGAUGGCAUUAGAGAAAGUCCAGAUGCUUGAGACAGAAAACCAAAGUACUUCACAGAUGAAGGAGCAGAUUGCACUACUGGAAGCACAGCUGGAAAGACAAGGAGACAGUCAGGAGUCCUCUGAGGAGCUGGAACAGGUGAAACUGCUGUUGUCAGAGUGUCAGAGCCAGUUGGAAGAUGCCCAAAAGGAGGUCCAGGUUCAUAAGGAGGAGCUGACACAGAUGCGACAGCAGCUGGGCGAGGCUACAGUCUCAGGCCAACAGGAGCAAAAUGGCCCCUCUGAGGUUCAACACUGUCAGGUACAGCAGGACUUGAGCCAAACCAGUGACAAGCUGCAGGAGGAGUCAGCCCAAAGACAACAACUGACAGAGGAGUUUGAACAAGCACAGAAGACUAUUGCAGAUCUCCAGGCUGAGCUUGAACAUCUGAAGGACUCGACUGAGACUGCUGAGGAGGAAAAUGUUAACGAACUUAAGGAGCGCUUGGAAAAGGAGAAAAAGCUGUCUAAAGAUCUGGGACAGGCAGCCACCAAACUUCAACAGCUUCUUAAGGCCACUCAGGACCAGCUCAGCAAAGAGAGAGAAACCGUGAAGACUCUACAGGGACACGUGGACACCAAUGGAGACAGAGUUGAGCUCAAAGAAGGAACAUCGGUCUGAGAAGAGGGCCAUCAAAGACACUACACAAAAUUGCCAAAUAUGCCUUAUUAUUAAUAGUUUAUGCAUUCCAAAGCUUUUCCUGUGCUUUUGUUAAAUGUGUUUAUUGUAGGAAUCAUGUAUGUGGUGACAAUGAAACAUUUCAGAAUGAAAGUGGAGAUGAAAACACUUUAUCCAAACUGAGAAUUGCAUUCCAUUUCUGGCCAUGUCAGAAUAGCCAGAAGUUAUCUAUUCCCAGCUUUUUUUAUUAUAACGUCUCGCCUAUAGUUCAGUGUUAAAAGGGAAAAUGCGUGUGCGUUAAACGUACAUCAACCUGUGCAAUUAAUUUCUAUGUCUUUUUUAUGUUAAUUACUGGGAACUUUUUAUGGUUCUAUGAGUGUCAUAUUUGUGGCAUGUAUCUGGCCACUAAAGAAAUGUUGACAUUUAUAUGAAUUAAUAAAAUAAAGUGUAGCUUCA